AUCACCAUAUCACAACAUCACAACAUCAUUAACAUCAUCAGCAUUCAACUCUACCAUUUCACUUAUUUUCCUUUACUUGCACCCCAAAUUCUUCGAGCUGAAUCCAUAAAGCCAGCAAUUGUUUUCCAACUAAUCAUUAAUACACAUUUCUAACAGUCAACGCACUAGCAUAUGCGCAGAAUGUCUACCAUCACUGUUGCAACCCUUCCCCGAUUAUCCUCAAAAGCUCUUUCGGAUAUCAUUCUUUCUCACGCUUCUUCAAAUCUCGAUGCACUUUCUACACCGCAGAAUCUAGCUAUUAUUGAUGUGCGCGACGAUGGUACGCCCCCUCCACCACUUUUUUCUUGUCAUGCUUUGUGAAUACUUUGACACCUUUAAAUCUUGCAUCUCACUGACUUCGACCUAUUUUCUUUCAGAUCACAUUGGCGGUCACAUAAAACAUUCUACCCACGUUCCAUCCUCCACCCUCGAUUUCAAGAUCCCAGAACUAGUUCGAAAACUCAAAGAUAAAGAUACGGUUGUGUUUCAUUGUGCCUUGAGCCAGCAGAGAGGUCCAAGUGCUGCGUUGCGAUAUAUUCGCGAAAGGGAGAGGCUGAUGGGCGUCGGCGCCGGAGUCGUUGGAGCAGCUAUGAAGAAGAAUAAAGAGGAAACAGAGAAGAAAGCUGAUGAUGAGGAAUGGGAGGAUGUUGAAGAUGGUUCCGAUAAGAAAGAACAAAAGGUCUAUGUGCUAGACAGAGGCUUCGUUGGAUGGCAGGAGAUAUACGGUGAAGAUUCACGUUUGACCGAAGGUUAUAGGAAGGAGGUUUGGCAGGAUGGCUAUUGAUAUGAUGUUCAGGGACCCACCUGAUUAGUGCUCGUAAUGAACACUUUCUCGCCCAUCCAUAUUCAAGCCUGGAAAACGUGGAUAUGGGCAUACAUCUGCUAUUAUACAAUGGAUGGAGCGUUCCUUUUUGAGGGAUUCAUACUAUAUUCAUCCCCCUCCCCCCCCACAUCCAACCAAAAAAGACCUCUCUAAUGCAAAGCCAUCCUCUACUCAAUUUCGAAGGAAAACUUGCAGGUGUAGAAUAUCUAUCGCCGCCAUCUCUACGUCCAACUCCUAUACCUCCUCAACCAUGUCCAUUACCAUUUGAAUUGUUUGCGAUUUCAUGAAAGAGAGACGUAACCGUGGAGAUGUCAGUACAUAUCUGCUGAAGAACAUCUACCACAUCCACAUCUCGCUCAUCCAGUUGAGGGAGAUACAAGGCUUGCGAUUGAGUGAUUGGCAUCUUGGAAUAUCCUUUCUCGAUACUAUCCUUUAUGCACU